CCCCUUUUCCACCAGAAGCCACAAAGCGACAGAUGUCACUGUGACCCGGACAGGCCCAGAUAGCGUCCCUCUGACCCCAGCCAGCUGCCCCGCCCCGCCCCCACAGGAGGGAGGAGCCUCCUGACGGGGGUCGGGGAGGAUCCCCCGCGUCCCCCCAUCACCUCCCAGCUGCGACCCUUUGUGAUGGAGCCCUGGAACUGUCCACCAGUUUCCACCUUGUCCCCAACCUCAAGGACGUUUGUCCUUUCCUCGUAGUGGUGGCUCAGUCGUCCGGGUCCCGUCGCCCCAGCUCCUGCUCCGCCCGCGCGCACGUCUCGCUGUCAGCCGCAGUCCGCGACCGUCUCCCGCGCAUCUCCGGGUCGGAGCACAGCUGUCACCCGGGACACCCGGAGCUCGGAUUUCCCUCCUCCUCCCCAGAGAAGCCGAAGGCUGGCUGCAGACCUGGGGAUUUCUACCUUGUCUGACACUAGCCUGUUUGGAGGUGACACGCCCAGAUGGCCAGGUGGCUCCGGGACUACCUGAACUUCGGUGGCCGGCGCCCCCCUCCACAGCCACCCACCCCCGACUACAGGGAGAGUGACAUUCUGCGAGCCUACCGGGAGCAGAGGGACCUGGACUUUGAGGACCCCUAUGAGGACACAGAUGGCCACCUGGAGCCGGAUCCCACCAGACCUGGGGACACCAAGUACAACUCUCCCAAACACCGACUGAUCAAAGUGGAAGCAGCUGACAUGGCCAGAGCCAAGGCGUUGCUGGGCAGCCCUGAGGAGGAGCCUGAAGUAGACACUGAGUAUUCAGACCCUUUUGAUGCUCAACCUCAUCUGCCAGUCCCAGAUGGCGGGUACAUGGAGCCCUAUGACGCCCAGAGGGUCCUAAGUGAACUGCCCAGCAGGACUGCCCAACUCUACGACACUCCCUAUGAGGAGCAGCACCCAGAGAUUGAGGACAGACCCUCUUCUGGACAGAGGCCUCGGCAGAGCCGGCUCCCCUUGGAAGAUGAACGGCCAGCCGAUGAAUAUGACCAGCCUUGGGAGUGGAAGAAGGACCACAUCUCCAAAGCUUUUGCAGUACAGUUUGAUGGUCCUGACUGGGAACGGACCCCAGGCUCCACCAAGGAGCCCCGGAGACCCCAACCUGCGGAGCGUGUGGACACGACCCUGCCCCUAGAGAAGCAGCCGUGGUUUCAUGGCCCCCUGAACCGGGCAGAGGCUGAGAACCGUCUCUCCCUCUGCAAAGAAGGCAGCUACCUGGUGCGACUAAGUGAGACCUGUCCGCAGGAUGCCACCCUAUCCCUCAGGAGCAGCCAGGGGAUCCUGCAUCUGAAGUUCACGAGGACUCGAGAAAAUGAAGUGGUAUUGGGCCAACACAGCGGGCCCUUCCCCAGCGUACCCGAGCUGGUCCUGCACUACAGUGCCCGCCCACUGCCCGUGCAGGGCGCUGAGCACCUGGCUCUGCUCUAUCCAGUCAUCAACACCCAGAAUUCCUGAUGAGCCAGUGCCCUGCGGACCCAGCACACAGGCUGCUAACCGGGAAAGGGAACAAGGAGGACCCAGGGACAUACAGGCUCCCUUCACCCAUUUUUAAUGCCCUACAUGGGUUCUAGGACCCAUGGGUCAAGGCCUGUAUCCCUUGGCCAGAUUAUAAAAAACAAAACAAAACAAAAAAAACAAAGUCAUUGUCUGGCUCAGUGUAAGGAGCUUGCAUUCAAGACUGACAACCUGAGUUCAAGCCCUGGGACCCACAUGGUAGAAGGCAAGAACCCAUUCUCACAAGUUGUCCUCUGAUCUCCACACACAUAAACCAAUAAA